AUGAGUGAGGAUAAGCGUAAACGCAGUCCUAAUUGGCUAUCGUCUGAAAAGGAAUUUCUGUUGAGCCUUAUUGAAUUUCAUUUUAAUAUAAUAGAAAAUAAAAAAACCGAUGGAGUUAUUGUAAAAUCCAAAUUAGCUCAGUGGCAACUUCUUGCAGACCAGUAUAAUAGCCGAACAAGCCACUGCUUUGUUACAGCAGAAAACCUAAAAGCCCAGUGGGAGUGUAUGAAAAAGGUAGCUAAAAAAGAUGCAGCAAAUAAUAGGAGACCUAUGAUUCAAACAGGUUAG